AAAAACCAACCAUUCAUUUUCAUUUUCAUUUUCAUAUAUUGAUUCAUCUUAUUGUAAGCAGCAUCCCAAAAAAUACGGUUCAACUUCUUAUGGGUUCUUCUCUUCCAUCAUGGACCUUCUUCAAACCCUAAUCUUCAUCUUCAACUUCAACCCUUUCUCCAUGUUCAGCCGCCGGGGAUUAUUGCAGCUGGCCAGAAAAUUCACUUGUCAUGUGGUUCUGUCAUUAAUCUUAUAUUACUUUGUUGCGUAUGAAUUAUGCUCUGUGAAUGGCGUACAAAAUUCACCAGAUUAUGAUGCCUGUGCAUCUUUUGAGAAAAGCUACCAUUUCGAUUCUUCAGACACCACCGUUAGUGACUCUCGUUUAAGCCACGGGUUUCCAGCUGCCCACAACGGUUUUGGAAAUGUGUGUCCAAGCAGUCAUUUGUUUUGCUUUCCUUCAUUGUUGGAUGGGUUUUUUCGCGGCGAUAAAAUUAAAAGGGAAGCGUCUGUAGAAGAAUCUGGUAGUCAGUUCAAAAGUCCACAUUGUGUAGAAUUAGCUCAAGAUAGUUUGCAGGCAAUUAACAAAAGCUGGUCAUCUGACUUUGGUGUGUUUAGGCUACUUAGUGGAGGGGUUAUCUCAUGUUCUCUGAACUCGAAAGGGGGAUUGAAUGAGGUACCGUCUCUUCAAACUGAGAUUGGUAGUAAAAAUGAUAUUUCCUCGUGCGGAGGCUCUUUACUUAAGCUGAAGUCAAAACAUAUUCGGCCAAAGACCUCUGAGGUAUCGACCGAAUCAAGUUCCUUGGAUGGUUCUGUCUCACCUAAUAUAAAGAUUGGCCCUACGGUAUUGGACUGGGGACAAAAGUAUUUACAUUCUUCUUCAGCAGCUUUUUUAACUGUGGCGAAUACAUGCAAUGAGAGCACAUUGCACCUCUAUGAACCAUUCAGCACGGAUUUACAGUUCUACCCCUGUAACUUCAGCGAGUUUUCGCUAAGGCCUGGUGAAUCAGCUAUAAUUUGUUUUGUUUUCUUCCCUAAGAGUCUCGGCUUCUCAUCAGCAAGCCUGAUUUUGCAGACAAGUUCUGGUGGAUUUGUAGUAGAGGCUAAAGGACAUGCUACCGAGUCUCCUUUUGGAAUUCAGCCAUUAUUGGGGGUGGAAAUCUCUCCUGGUGGAAGAUUGAGCAGGAAUUUUUCGUUGUUCAAUCCCUUCGAUGAACCGCUUUACCUGGAAGAAAUAACAGUUUGGAUAUCAAUAUCUUUGGGGGAUAAUUAUUCUGUUGAAACUGAAGGAAUUUGUAGCGUAAAUCAUUUUCAGGUUUUUGAUACCCGUCUCUCCCCAACCGUUAAGGAUCGUUUGGUUGUGAGGAGUAGUCAAGUAGGGUCACCAAUAGUAGCAAUUAGGCCACAUAGGAAGUGGAAUAUUGGUCCACAUAGCUCCGAAACUCUCUUCGAGGUUGAUAUUACAGUUGGAUUUGAGGGAAAAAUCUUUGGUGCAUUUUGUUUGCAUUUACUGAGAUCCUCACAAGACACGUCUGAUACUAUUAUGGUUCCUAUUGAAGCUGAAGUUGAUAGUCAUUCUGCCUCUGACACUGUUGGUAAAUUUGUUUCAGCAACUCUUGAGGGUCUUGCCACAUGUGAUAGUGGUGAAAUUGCUCUCACUAUCUCUCUAAGGAAUGAUGCCUCUUUCAUUUUAAGUUUUGUUAAAGUUCUAGAAGUUGCCGACAUGGAGCUUUUCCAUAUCAAGUACAAGGAAGGUUUAUUGCUUUUCCCUGGUACCGUUACACAAGUUGGCAUUAUUUACUGUAGUCACCUUCACUUGGAUUCACCUAAAGUUUCUGACUCCCAAGUGAACUGUAAACUGUCAAUUCUGACAAAUGACUCGAGUAGUCCCCUGAUUGUGAUUCCAUGUGAGGAUAUAUUAUAUAUUUGUUCUGAACAUCACAGGCUUUCAUCUGCUGGAGUAGAAGACAAGUCUAAACACAUCGAAGCUCGCAAUACGAGGGAAGGGUAUGUCAGCAGAAGUAUGCAAUUGCCACCAAAUGUCAAGGUUUUAGAGACAACAGGAGAUGAGCUAGUUCUUGAAAACUGGAAGUCUCAAGGAACAAUGAGUGGCAUGUCGGUACUUGAAGACCGAGAGAUGCUAUUUCCAAUGAUUCAGGUCGGAAGUUAUGUCUCUAGGUGGAUCACUGUGAAGAAUCCAAGCCAACAUCCAGUUAUGAUGCAGCUUAUCUUGAAUUCAGGAGAACUAAUUAACGAGUGUAAGGGACUACAUGAUUUAUUAAACCCUUCUUCUUCUGGCAGUUUGGUCGUCGAUGAAGGUGCUACUCCAACAAAGUUUGGAUUUUCAGUACCAGAGAAUGCGCUGACCGAGGCUUAUGUGCAUCCUUACGAUCAUGUAACUUUAGGGCCAAUUAUUUUUUAUCCAUCCGAUCGUUGCAGCUGGAGUGGUUCUGCAUUGGUAAGAAACAAUCUUUCAGGUGUUGAGUCAAUACCUUUAAGAGGAUUUGGAGGGUUGCUUUCUCUAGUUUCUCUUGAUGAGAGUUCUGAGCAUGUUCAUAGUGUAGACUUUGAUCUUAAAAUGCCUAAGCUGCUCAAUUUUUCUCUUCCCUACUCUUUACUUCACACAAAAGAGAUAACUUCUCUCUGUUCACAACCUUUAGUGAAAGAGUUAUAUGCCAAGAACACGGGAGACUUGCCCUUGGAGGUUAAAAGUAUCCGAGUUUCUGGGAGAGAAUGUGGGUUGGAUGGAUUUAAGAUUCUUAAUUGCAGGGGUUUCACUCUUGAACCGGGGGAGUCAAUCAAACUUACGAUGUCAUACCAAACCGAUUUUUCUACAGCUUAUGUGCAUCGGGACCUUGAACUUGCAUUGGAUACUGGUAUUUUCCUGUUACCAAUGAAGGCAAGUUUCUCACAUGAUAUGCUAAGUAACUGCAAGAAGUCCGUGUUUUGGACGCGGGUUAAAAGAACUCUUUUUGGAUUCCUUCUUGUUGCAUCUUUAAUAUGUUUUGUAUUUUGGUUCAUAUCCCCUCAAAGCACUGUGUUGGACUCCUUGGAUUUCUCACACAUGAGUGACGGUAACUUGGUCCACACCACCGCUAUGAAAGAUGGUGGGAAAACCUCUUUGCUGGAUCACAACCAGAGGAAGAGUGGUAGUUAUUCAUAUGGUAUAGGAAAUCCGUCGGAACAUAGAACGUCUCAACAUCCGACACAGACUUCUGAAAACCAUCAUUCUCUGGAUACUCGAGUUCCAAGCUCCGAACAAAUGAAAGCAUCUGAGAAUGGUCAUCUUGUGGUCAAAACUGGUAAAGAUAAAGGUAGAAGAAGAAAGAGGAAGAAUCUUGGUGCGAAAUUAACAGCAUUGUCUGAAGUUUCAAGUAGUCAAAGUGGCAAUUCUACACCCUCAUCCCCCUUAUCACCAGUUACUAUGCCUAAAUAUAACUGGCCAUUGUCUUCUGAUGUAGAGCAACCCCUUGAGACUCUUGGUUCAACAACAUCGGUGGCUGCGCAACAUUCUGUGAACAACCAAGGUUCUGUUUUGAAGCCUGCUUUUCCUCAAGUGUCACAUUCAGCUUCAAGACGCGCUGCGACUGCUAAUAUAACUGUUAAGUUACCUCAUGCUACUUCUCCCUUUCGCGCUGGCACUCAUACACCUUCAUUGUUGUCAUCAGAAUGUACUGUUGCUACUUCACAUGCUAGAGCUCCUGGAUCAGAACUUGAUAACCAAAAAGAUGUUCGAGCUGAAGAAGUGACAGGACCAGCAGAUGAGUAUGAAUAUGAUAUUUGGGGCGAACAUUUUUCUUUACCUCACUUGUUAGUUCCGAAAAAUGUUACUCACAUGAAGCCGAGUCCUGUGACCAACAAUAGUUUCGACAGCUUUUUUGUAAGGGGUCCUCAAGCCCUUGUGACAAAUUCUCAAGAAGGAUAAUUAAGUUGAAAAAUAAAAAGCUAGCAUAGCUGCUAUUACUACUACUACACUCAUGCACACUCACUAUGAUCAACUAGUAGUGUAAAACAAAUUAUGAUGUUGUGAAUAUUUUAACCAAAUCAGUGCAUGACAAAAAUCCUAUACA